AUGGGGAAGGGGACUGUGGACUCAAAAACUGUGCCUUCUCCUUCCCUGCUGUCAGUGGAGCUGGGAGGCAGAGGGAUCAAGCUGGUUGGGGAACGUCUAGUGGUGGGAGCAUCACUGUCCUCAGACCUGAACUAUGUCUGUGUCACUCUGCCCUGCUCCGUGUCCCAGUUCUUUUCCCCUUCUCCCUCCAGGGGUGCUUUCUCUGUGGUCCGCAGGUGUGUGAAGAAAACCUCUACGCAGGAGUAUGCAGCAAAAAUCAUCAAUACCAAGAAGUUGUCGGCCCGAGAUCACCAGAAAUUAGAGCGUGAGGCCCGGAUAUGCCGACUUCUGAAACAUCCAAACAUUGUACGCCUCCAUGACAGUAUUUCUGAAGAAGGGUUUCACUACCUCGUGUUUGACCUUGUUACAGGUGGAGAGCUGUUUGAAGACAUCGUGGCUAGAGAAUACUACAGUGAAGCAGAUGCCAGCCACUGUAUACAUCAGAUUCUGGAGAGUGUUAACCACAUCCAUCAGCAUGACAUUGUCCACCGGGACCUGAAGCCGGAGAACUUGCUACUUGCAAGUAAAUGCAAGGGUGCUGCGGUCAAGUUGGCUGAUUUUGGUCUGGCCAUCGAAGUACAGGGAGAACAGCAAGCUUGGUUUGGUUUUGCUGGCACCCCAGGUUACUUGUCCCCUGAGGUCUUGAGGAAAGAUCCCUAUGGAAAACCUGUGGAUAUCUGGGCCUGCGGGGUCAUCCUGUAUAUCCUCCUGGUGGGCUAUCCUCCCUUCUGGGAUGAGGAUCAGCACAAGCUGUAUCAGCAGAUCAAAGCUGGAGCCUAUGAUUUCCCAUCACCAGAAUGGGACACGGUGACCCCCGAAGCCAAGAAUUUGAUCAACCAAAUGCUGACCAUAAACCCAGCAAAGCGCAUCACAGCUGACCAGGCUCUCAAGCAUCCAUGGGUCUGUCAACGGUCCACAGUGGCCUCCAUGAUGCAUCGCCAAGAGACUGUAGAGUGCUUGCGAAAGUUCAAUGCCCGGAGAAAACUGAAGGGUGCCAUCCUCACCACCAUGCUUGUCUCCAGGAACUUUUCAGCUGCCAAAAGUCUAUUGAACAAGAAGUCGGAUGGCGGUGUCAAGCCACAGAGCAACAACAAAAACAGUCUCGUAAGCCCAGCCCAAGAGCCUGCGUCCUUGCAGACGGCCAUGGAGCCACAAACCACCGUGGUACACAAUGCUACAGAUGGGAUCAAGGGCUCCACAGAGAGCUGCAACACCACUACAGAAGAUGAGGACCUCAAAGCUGCCCCGCUCCGCACUGGGAAUGGCAGCUUGGUGCCUGAAGGACGGAGCUCCCGGGACAGAACAGCCCCCUCUGCAGGCAUGCAGCCCCAGCCUUCUCUCUGCUCCUCAGCCAUGCGAAAACAGGAGAUCAUUAAGAUCACAGAACAGCUGAUUGAAGCCAUUAACAAUGGGGACUUUGAGGCCUACACGAAGAUCUGUGACCCAGGCCUCACUUCCUUUGAGCCUGAGGCCCUCGGUAACCUGGUGGAGGGAAUGGAUUUCCAUAAGUUUUACUUUGAGAAUCGUGAGUGGGUUCGUGCUGCUGAUAUACUCCUGCCUGCCCCUUCACCCUUGGCCUUUGUCUCCUCCUCACCUCCUCCUCACCCCAGUUGCUCAUUUUUCCUUUACUUGACCUUCCUGCUAUAUCCCGCUGUGUCUGCUUGCCUCUUUGUGCCCCACUAGCCUUGUGCCCUAAUGGUCAUAAACUUCCACCUUCAAAGGCCCUAUUCUUGUUCCCUGCCUAAGAGCAGUGUCUGUCAUUACAGCCUGGGUGACUGUAUGUCUUUCGGCCUCACCUCCUUCCAAGACUUCCAAGAUUGCACACCCUUCACAAUUAGGUUGAGACCAUUUGAACCAAAUAAUCAUGACGCUCUGUCUCCAGGUUUCACAGUAAAGGAAAUUAAAACCAGGUUGAGAAUGUGCAAGCAAUGGCACUGAUAGUGAGUGUGGGAUCAGAAAUUGGGGUUAGGAUUCCUCAUGAAUAUUGAAGGAGGCAGGGAGCUUGCGGGGAGAGCAGGGAAUGUAUUUUGGAUAGCUCACAAGUCCCAGGGGAUAAGAUUUGAAUUGUCCUCUCCAGUCCUCCAUUUUCCUCCUCUCGCCCCCUUUAUCCUGGGCCUUUCCCAUUCUGCCUUGAGCUUAUUUUGUGGUUGUUUUCUCCCCCUGACUCUCACUCUUACCCUGAGAUACCCAUGUAAACCCCCAGCUAUCCAUAUAGUGCUAUUAGCCAGAAACUUCCUUUGUUUUUCUCCCAGAGGACCCUAGGACCUCUGAGGAUUUCCUGAGCUGCCUACUUUGGUGAUUUUAUUUUGACUCUGGUGCUUUUUUUUUAAGUCACAGAUCCGUUUUGAGUCCUUCAUUUUGUGCUGUAUACAGCCCUAGUCAAGAACAAAUCACCUUUAUGAAAUUGAAACAUCAGACUAACAAAGGUAGAAAGACCACAGACAUUUAUUAGAGCCACAUGGUUCCGAAUUUAAAUAAAUGAGUUGGAGAUAUUAUUUAGUCUCUUU